AUCCAUCUUUUUCAUCCUUUCCAUCCUUUCCAAUGUCAUCUAGUGAACCAACGAUCAUAUCCGCGCCAGGCAAGGUUCUGAUUGCAGGUGGAUAUCUAGUUCUGGAUCCUGCAUUCUCUGGCCUUGUAGUUGCUACGGAUGCACGCUUCUAUACCCUAGUCCGACCGAGCAGCUUCCCGAAAACUACAUCUGGCCAGUAUAAGAUCACAGUUCGAUCCCCACAAUUCGAAAACGCGAUCUGGAACUAUUGGGUCGCCAUUCAAGACAAGAAUGUUCAAGUCAUUGCAAGCAAAGAGGAUGAGUCGAAUAAUACAUUUGUCGAGCUUGCACUGGUUUACUCUUUAGCAAUUAUUGGACAUUUGGUUCCUGUUGAGACUAUUACUGAGAAAAUUAGUACUGGGCUUAGCAUUGUCAUUGCAGGAAACAACGAUUUCUAUUCUCAGAGGAAUGAGCUCACAAAGAGAGGGCUACCACUUAACUCGGCAUCAUUGCGACAAAUUCCACUCUUUGCUCCAACCCAUACAACCCUUGGAAAGGUGAGCAAGACAGGACUUGGAUCAUCAGCAGCAUUGAUCACCUCGCUAGUGUCGGCUAUCUUUAUUCACUUUGGCGCCUGUAAGAUGCAGGGACCUGAAAGUACAGAGCUAUCGGUCAAUAGCACAAAGCUAUUGCACAACACUGCACAAUUUGUGCACUGUUUAGCUCAGGGAAAAGUAGGUAGCGGAUUCGAUGUUUCUUCAGCUGUGUGGGGCAGUCAUACAUACAGACGGUUUAGCCCAGAAAUCUUACAGGAGGUAAUGCAUCUGGAUGCAAAAGAUGAUAUCCCAGCCUUGCUUAAAGUCUUGGAUCCGGAGCAGACAACAUGGGAUAAUCUUGUGGUCCCAUUCCGACUAGCGCCACGUCUUCACCUCAUGUUGGCAGAUAUCGAUGCAGGAAGUCAUACGCCUACACUAGUUUCAAAUGUACUCAAAUGGCGCAAGAACAAAGCUGAGGAAGCUAACACGCUUUGGACUCUGCUGGGUGCAGCCAAUGACAAAGUCGUGGAACUACUUAAACGUCUAGACGAGGCCGCGAAGGAACAUCCUCAGGAAUAUGAUUCUGCCAUUCAACGUGCAAGUUCUCUUCCUGCAGCAGAAUGGAGUACCUCAUUGGCAGGACAAGACGUUGCAUCUGAGCUAUUAACUCUGAUAUACCAGGGAUUCUCAACUGUUCGCGGUUAUCUGCGAGAGAUGAGCCGAUUAUCAGAAGUACCGAUCGAGCCAGCGGAACAGACACGUCUGCUGGAUGCAUGUCUGGCUGUUCCUGGUGUUUUAAUGGCUGGUGUUCCUGGAGCUGGAGGUUAUGACGCGAUCUUUUGUAUCGUCUUGUCGGAUGAAUCUAGAAAAGCUGUUGAGUCGGUGUGGUCUGGUUUCAAGGAGAUGAACGUUGGUCCAUUGCUCUGCAAGGAAUCUGUAGAGGGCGGAUUGGUAAUGGAGCUGGACCUGAAACAGGAGCAAACGAAAGCCAUGCUUUCGUAUUAAUUGCUGUCUAUUGAUACCUUUCUGAUGACAUUACCGUCUCAUUUUUUUUUUAAGGACUACUGAUUUAGUCUCAGCGCUUAAUUUCUUAAAAUAAACCUUGAGGGGAUGCAAAUUGGAG